UGCUGCGAUAUCGGCGAUAUCUCUGUUUAUUACCUAAAUGUAUUUUAAAAGUAUAUAAUGGGGAUUAAAAUAUGUUUUCUAUUAUUAAUAUUAUGUUACACAAAUUUAGUGUCAGGAAACAAUGUUGUUUUAAUAGUAGUUGACGAUUUGGAUAUAGAAUUAGAUGGAAUGGUACCAUUGACACAAACUAAACAAUUAAUUAUCGAUGAGGGAACUGCUUAUAUUAACAAUUACGCUGCAGUGCCGAUUUGCUGUCCAAAUCGGGCAUCAAUUUUAACAGGUCGCUAUCAACAUAAUCAUGAAGUUUUCAAUAAUAGUAUUAGCGGAGGUUGUUAUAGUCAAGAAUGGCAAAAUGGUCCUGAAAAAUAUACUUUCGCUGUUCAUUUAAAUAAUAAAAAAGGAUAUAGAACUUUCUACGCUGGAAAAUAUUUAAAUCAAUAUGGUUUACAUGCUUCUGAUGAAUUAAAAAAGCCCCCUGGUUGGGAUCAUUGGUACGCUCUUGUAGGAAAUUCGAAAUAUUAUAACUAUUCUCUAUCAGUAAAUGGUACUAAAGUAAAACAUGGUUUUGAACCGGAAGAUUAUCUUACAGACGUUAUUAAGCAAUAUGCAAUUGAUUUUAUCGAUACUCAAUCAAAAAAUACUCCUUUUCUUAUGGUCUUAGCUCCUCCAGCUGCUCAUUCGCCAUUUACUCCCGCAGCUCGUCAUAAUGACAAAUAUCAAAAUAUUCAAGCAAAACGAACAUCAAGUUUUAAUAAUCUUCAAAAUAGAGACAAACACUGGCUGGUGAAAAUGGAUCCGAUUCCAAUGCCCGAAAAUUUAUUGCCAAAAUUAGAUAAAGUUUAUAGGAAACGUUGGGAAACUCUCUUAGCUGUUGAUGAAAUGAUUGCAACUGUUUACAAUGCUCUACAGAGUAAAAAUUUACUCGACAGUACUUAUAUUAUUUUUACAUCCGAUAAUGGUUAUCACGUUGGACAAUUUGCCAUGCCAUUGGAUAAGAGACAACCUUACGAAACAGAUGUUCACAUACCGUUGUAUAUUCGAGGACCAAAAAUUGAUAAGCUGUCAACUGUUGUUGCACCUGUUAGCAGUGUUGAUAUUUUCUCGACGAUUUUAGAUAUUGCUGGACUCAAAUAUUUUUCAGAUGGGAUUUCAAUGUUGAACAAUAAUUUAACUACUGACAGGACUUUAUUGAUUGAGUAUAAAGGAGAAAAUUCAGGAGGGUAUCAUGAUGUUAAGUGUCCAAAUAGUAAUGAUCCACAUUUGGCCGAAUGCAGUGAAGAGUUUGCCUGCAAGUGUCAAGAUAGUACAAACAAUACUUACAACUGUAUUCGUAGAAUUUCAAAAGUAUAUAAUAAUGUAUUUUGCAUCUUUAAUGAUAAUCAGUCUUACAUUGAAUAUUACAAUAUUACCCAAGAUCCAGAGCAAUUAACUAAUCUUGGCUACACAAUGAAAAGCGGAAAACGACACAAAUUCAGAAAAAGAUUGAAAAAAUUGCUAGAGUGUAAAGACGAAACCUGUAUUUUUAUUGGAGCUAAGGAAUCUUAAUUCAUUAUCAAACUUUCAAUGUAGACAGUAUUCUUCAAAAGAUUUACAGCAAGUUAUAGCAAUAAGUAUACAAUUUUAAAUUGUAUGUUGUGGGUUAUGGGUAAAAAUAAUAUUUAAUUAAAGGAAAGGAACAAUUAAAACAAAAAUAAUAUUUAUUUAUUAUAAAUAUUUU